CCCCCCCCCCCCCUAUCUCCUCUCAGGCCUUCUCCUCCACACAAUUCCUUCCCCUUCUACAUCGGGCCACGAGAAUAUCUAGCUACAAUCAAGCGUUGACGCUGCAGGCUAGGCCAUCUGGGGUCGUCGUCAGUGAUCCCAGAUCCAGAGCUGACUAGCCGACGGGUUCGAUUUCAACAGGACUUAGUUAGUCUCCCUGCCGAGGGAUAAAAAUAAUAGUUAUCUUGUUUGAAAAGUACUACACUCUGGUAUUGAUUACAAAUGGAUACCAAAAUCAGUACUAUACACAACAAGGUUGAUCUAGAGCGCAUGCUGCUUGAUCGAAGUGCAGAGCCAACAUACCUGCCGUUAUCAUUUUUAGAAGACAUCACAAACUGUUUCUCAGAAGAUCAGCAAAUUGGCAGCGGUGGAUUUUCUGUAGUUUAUAAGGGAAUGGUGGGAAAAAAGAUGGUCGCUGUGAAGAAACUAUCUCAAACGAUGCAUGAGCAUAAAUUCCACAAAGAAGUUGAAUGCAUUAUGAAGGCUAAGCACAAAAACAUAGUGCGUUUGCUUGGAUAUUGUUCUGACACGCAAGGGAGAAUUGAAGAUUAUGAAGGAAAGUUUGUCAUGGCAGAUGUUCGGAACUGGUUGCUAUGCUUCGAGUACGUACCAAACGGAAGUCUCGAUGAGUAUAUUGCUGAUGCAUCUCAUGGACUUGAAUGGAGAGAGAGGUACCAAAUAAUUAAGGGAAUCUGUGAGGGACUACUUCAUCUUCACGAGAAGCGUAUCCUCCACCUAGAUCUCAAGCCUAGUAAUAUAUUAAUUGAUGUUCAAAUGGUACCCAAAAUUGCUGAUUUUGGCCUCUCAAGGUGCCUCGAUAAAGACCAGACUCGGGCCUUCACUUCAAGCAUAUGUGGAUCGCUGGGAUAUAUGGCACCCGAAUUCUUCACAGGACAAGUCACAUUUGCAUCAGACAUAUACAGUCUUGGCAUUAUAAUUGUGGAGAUACUGACAGGAGAGAAGGGGUAUUUGGAAGAAAAAAAUGUACUAGAGAAUUGGAUGAAUCGGUUGGAGACAGCAGAUCAAAGGGAGACGCAGUUGGAGCAAGUAAGAGUAUGCAUUACGAUAGGGAUAGAGUGCAUGGACCCUAACCCAAAGAAGAGACCGUUUGCACAUCAUAUAGUUAAUAAGCUUGAUAAAACAGUAAGUAUAGUAGAAUCUGGCAUCGCUAGUCCAUCUGCUGAGCAGCAGGUUAGAUCCCUGAAUGAACAACACGGUCAAAGGCAAACAUUGGAGCUUUCAUUUGAGUAUCUCUCAAAAGAUAUGAACGGGCGUGCUAAAACGGAAGAACCCAUGGAAUUUUUGGGGGCAUUCAGAGAUCACUGGCGGUACGGGAAAGAACAUCAGUGGUCACUACUAGGAGCUCAAGGUACGAAGCCAAAUACCAGCCAACAACAAGGGGCAAGUACUUCUAGAUCUAACUCUGUUGUGCUCAACAAGUUGAACAUCUUCACUACAAAAGCACGCAGGAAUUAUACGAGGAAUGGUGGGCCUAUGUUGGAGAAGAUAGAUAUGUUGAAACUUUUCAAGAAGGAGGAGCUUAAGCCAGCUAUACAGGAUAAGAACCGUAUUGGAAGAGGUGUCUUUGAAGAUGUUUACAUAGGCCUUGUUGAUAAGGUACCAGUCAUAGUAAAGAAGCAGGUCAGUGGUGCUGUGCUACAAAAUGGACAGUUUGCAAAGGAAGUAAUCAUGCAAUCUCAAGUCCUCCACAAGAACAUUGUUAGGCUCAUAGGUUGUUGUGUAGAAGUUGACAUCCCGAUGCUAGUAUAUGAAUAUCUCUCCAAAGACACCCUCGAUGACAUUCUUCACAACACCAACAGCAAGAUACCUCUCAAUUUUGGUGUGCGUUUAAAUAUUGCCACAGAAUCAGCACGUGGUCUAGCUUAUAUGCAUUCAAGGCACAAUAUCUUACAUGGUAAUAUUAAACCAGAAAAUAUACUCUUGGAUGACCAUUUUGUGCCAAAGAUCUCACAAUUUGGCAUACCAAGGUCGACGGGGAGAGGCUACAAACACACGAGAACAGUCAAGGGUGACGUUGCUUAUAUGGACCCAAUAUACCUACAAACAGGCCUACUUAGCGAAUACAGUGAUGUCUACAGUUUUGGAAUCAUUAUAUUGGAGCUUCUUACCAGGAAGAAGGCCACACACUCUGACAAUAAUAGUUUAGUAAGGAAUUUCCUUGAGAAUCACAAGCAGAGUAGGAAAUCAACUGAUCUAUUUGAUGAAGAAAUUGCAGUGAUGGAAGAUCUGGAGCAUCUAGACGAUCUGGCACAAAUUGCUGUGGAAUGUCUUGGCCAUGACUUGGAUCAAAGACCAAAAAUGACAGAUGUUGCAAAGCGGCUCCGCAUACUGAAUGAAUCCCGUGGCCUAUGGGAGCACAAGUCCAUGCAUUUACUAGUUUAGUUUAAACUUUAGACAAGAUAUGUGUUGCGUUGAAUAAGCUUCUGAUAGGUGCGUGCAAUUAUAGAGUGAUGUGCGAUGAUCAAUGUGUAAUUUAUGUAUUUUGCUGCUCUGAACAAGUCUAUGAAUUCCUCUCCAGCAGUAAAACAAGCUAAAAGCACGCCCUCUCAGGCCUCCUUAGCCCUGUCGGCCCACUGGUAGAAAAAUCUCCGUUGAAUUUUCUGGUAAUUUAUCCUAGCUUAACUGGUCUGGAUAUGUGGAUCCAUUUAUUCUUGCCCAUC